UUUACGGAAAAUGCAACAAAUCAGGCCGUGUAAUUUAAGUAGGCCAUGAUACACCUGUUUUUUGGAAUGUUUAGUUUGUUUGAUGACAAAAUAACUGGUAUUUUUGAAACUUAGUAAAGCCAUUAUUUGUUUCAACGCGUUUCUUAGUGAAGACAUAUUCAAUGCAAUUCAUAUUCUUGAUAUAUAUUUAGAUGUACUAGUGUCGUGCUGCUAAUUUAAAAAAAAAAGAUUUCUUUAUUAUUCAUACCCCAAAAAGAAAAGAAAACUUAAUUUGAUUUGUAAGGUAAGAAUUUUAUGUUUUUAACAUACGGUCUGUUUAUGUUUUUAACAUACGGAAAAAAAGUUAUGUUUUUAACAUACGGAAAGAUGAGACCAUUAUUCAGUUGUUUUAAUUUUUAGAUACUCUGAUAUAUACUCCGAAAAAUAAAAAUAAAAAUUUGUAAACAUUUUAUGGUUUUUAUGAUGGUUAGUAAUUACAAACGAAAAACAAAUUGUGGAAAUUGGGAUAAAAGCAAUAUGAAAUUAGCUAUCCAAGUUGUCAAAAAUAAAGAAAUGGCAUUACGUAAAGCUGCUAAUGAAUAUUUGGUUCCAAAAGAUUCUCUCAACAGAAGAGUUAAUAAACCAAUAAAAACAAUGCCUGAUGAUAAACCACACAUAAAAUUGCUUGGUUCUUAUAGAAAAGUGUUAUCUGAUGCCCAAGAAAAAGAUUACACAGUAUAUAAUCAAAAUGGAGUUAGUCUUUUAUGGUCUAUCAAUUAAUGAACCUCAAAGGGUGGUGUAUGAUUAUGUUGUACGCAAUAAAAUAAACCAUCCAUUUAAUACUGAAAAGAAACUUGCAGGUCGAGAUUUUAUAGUUGGAUUUUUGAAACGACAACCCUUUUUGUCUAUUCGAAAACCUGAAGCAGUAUUCAUAAAUCGAGUUUUUGGUUUAAAUAAGGCUGCUGUUCAAAGAUAUUUUGACAAUCUGGAAAAACUUAUCAACGAAAAUCAAUUUGAAGCAAAUCGCAUCUACAACUGUGAUGAAUCUGGAUUAACAUGUGUUCACAAGCCUUUAAAAGCCAACGUGUUGUAUCUUCAGUAACUAGUGGUGAGAGCGGCCAAACAACAACUGUUAUACUAGCUUUUAAUUGUGUGGGACACUACAUACCUCCUAUGAUUAUUUUUAAAAGAAAACGGAUGCUAGAUUCAUUGAUUGAUGAUGCACUACCAGGAACACUUGGACGCUGUUCUAAAAGUGGUUGGGUAUUUAUAAGACACUUUAUAAUACAUGGAAAUUGUAGCACUACAAAUAAGUGUUUGUUAAUUCUUGAUGGUCACAAAUCUUCUCAAUUAUGCUAUCAUAAAUGGAUUGCAUAUUUUAUCACUACCACCACAUAAAUCCCAUAAGCUCCAACCACUUGAUUGAACUUUGUUCAAAUCUUUGAAAAGUGCUUGUAACUUAGUAUGCACAACAUGGAUGAGAAAGCACUCAGGAAGAAGAAUUACAGUUGAUAAACUUUCAGGACUAUUUUGUCAAGCUUAUAUACAUGGAUGAGAAAGCACUCAGGAAGAAGAAUUACAGUUGAUAAACUUUCAGGACUAUUUUGUCAAGCUUAUGUGGAAAGCAGCUACAGUGGAAAAUGCUAUUUCUGGAUUUCGAGUAACAGGCAUCAAUCCUUUUAAUCGAGAAAUCCUUCCUGAGUCAGAUUAUUUUGAAAAUCCAUGUUUAAAAGAUAGUAAUACAAACAUAAUAUUUAAUGAAAUAGCAGAUAUAAAUCCUGAACAAUCAUCUACAACUAAUUCUUUAAUUGGGCCGAACCAAAAUUCGAAUGUUCAAACAUCCAUUGCUAGUUUUUCAGUUAAUGAAAUAAAUGCCUCGUUGUCAAUUUCAAACUCUCAACAGCUUUCUUUUACUGAUAUAUUAUCAAUUCCAGCUAUUGAAGUGAAGACAACAAAAAGAAAGGGAGAAAAGUCAGAAAUUUUGACUAGCACAUCGUAUAAAAAAACUUUGCAGGAGGGGUUGGAAAACAAAAAAAAAGUUAAAUACAACAAAAAAAGACCAACAGUAAAAAAGAUUAAACUAAAAAAAGAUGAUAAAAUUAAAUAUGGAGAAAACCAAAAAAUAUCAGAGUCUAGCCAGAAAUGUGUCCAAUGCUUUAGGUGUAAAUUAUGGUACCAUGAAGUUUAUUUUGUUAAGUUAGGGACAGAUUUUUUGUGUAAACUGUGUGUGUGCCAUGAUUAUAUUUAAACAUUCUAUGAUCCAUUAA